CGCUAGCGCGCGCACAUUUCCUGUGACGUCUGGAAUGACACGUGUAUUCAAGAUGGCGGCCGCGAUGGAGACGUGGGUCUUGCUGCUGCUCUCCGCACUGCCUUUGGUCAAGCCCUUCUACGUGCCUGGUGUAGCACCUAUGGAUUUUCAUCAGGACGACCCUGUUGAGAUCAAGGCGGUAAAACUGACCAGUUCAAGGACCCAGCUGCCAUAUGAGUACUACUCUCUUCCUUUCUGUCAGCCCACGAACGUUGUGUACAAGGCAGAGAACCUAGGCGAGGUUCUACGAGGGGACCGUAUCGUUAACACGCUGUACCAGGUACGAAUGAACCAGGACAAGAAGUGCGAGCUGGUGUGUGGAAAGCCAGACAAACCCACUAAACUCAGCGUGGCUAACAGCAAGCUGAUCGCAGAGCGCAUCCAGGAGGAGUACUACGUUCACCUUAUUGCAGACAACCUUCCAGUGGCCACAAGGCUGGAGUUUUACCCAAAUAGAGAUGCAGGAACAGAUGAGGAACAGAAGAGAGACGUGGUGAAAGAUGUGCAGUUUGAACAUGGCUAUAGACUGGGCUUCACCGACAGCAACAAGUACUAUUUGCACAACCACCUGUCCUUCAUCCUGUACUACCACAAAGAGAAGAUGGAGGAACAAGAUGAGCCAACUUACCGUGUUGUACGCUUUGAGGUGGUGCCACAGAGUGUAAAACUUGAAGACCUGAAGGCUGAGAAGGACGGUGCCUGCACGUUACCCGAGGCCAGUGGUUCUGCUCCUCAGGAGAUUGACCCAAACAAAGAGAACAGUGUGCUCUUCACCUACUCUGUGCACUGGGAGGAGAGCCAGGUGAAGUGGGCUUCUCGCUGGGACACGUAUCUCACUAUGAGUGAUGUGCAGAUUCACUGGUUCUCCAUCGUCAACUCUGUCGUGGUCGUCUUCUUCUUAUCAGGAAUCCUGAGUAUGAUCAUCAUCAGGACCUUGAGGAAGGACAUUGCCAACUACAACAGAGAGGAUGACAUUGAGGACACCAUGGAGGAGUCUGGCUGGAAGAAUGUUCAUGGAGACGUGUUCCGCCCACCCCAGUACCCCAUGAUCCUUAGUUCACUGCUAGGCUCAGGGAUCCAGCUGUUUUGCAUGAUCCUCAUUGUUAUCUUUGUGGCCAUGCUGGGCAUGUUGUCUCCAUCAAGCCGAGGGGCUCUGAUGACCACUGCUUGCUUUCUCUUUAUGUUCAUGGGUGUGUUUGGGGGAUUUUUCGCUGGUAGACUGUACCGCACGCUAAAGGGCCACAGAUGGAAGAAAGGAGCUUUCUGUACUGCGACUCUGUACCCAGCGGUGGUUUUUGGAAUCUGUUUUGUGUUGAACUGUUUUAUCUGGGGAGAGCACUCCUCUGGAGCUGUCCCUUUUACUACCAUGCUGGCUCUGUUGUGCAUGUGGUUUGGAAUCUCCAUGCCUCUAGUGUAUCUGGGCUACUACUUUGGCUUCAGAAAGCAGCCGUACGACAACCCAGUGCGCACCAACCAGAUCCCCCGGCAGGUGCCUGAGCAGCGCUGGUAUAUGAACAAGUUUGUCGGGAUCCUGAUGGCUGGCAUCCUUCCAUUCGGUGCAAUGUUUAUUGAGUUGUUCUUCAUCUUCAGUGCCAUCUGGGAGAAUCAGUUUUACUAUCUGUUUGGCUUCCUGUUCCUGGUCUUCAUCAUCCUGGUGGUCUCCUGCUCACAGAUCAGUAUCGUCAUGGUCUACUUCCAGCUCUGCGCAGAGGACUACCGAUGGUGGUGGAGGACUUUCCUUGUGUCUGGAGGCUCCGCCUUUUACGUACUCGUCUACGCUAUUUUUUACUUCGUCAAUAAGCUGGACAUUGUGGAGUUCAUCCCCUCCUUGCUGUAUUUUGGCUACACAGCUCUGAUGGUUUUAUCCUUCUGGCUCCUAACGGGGACGAUCGGCUUCUACGCAGCUUACAUGUUCAUACGCAAGAUAUACGCCGCGGUCAAAAUCGACUGAGCCACAGUCCUCCUGCGUUUUGUUACCUUUUUU